AUGGCGCGAUGGAACUCGGGACGGUGGCUGCACGCAGAAGAAGUGUACGUGGACCUCGCGAUCGCGUGCUUUUUGGACGGCAUCCUCGACGACUGCCCCGACGGCACAACGCUGCGCCAGUACAUUGCCCACCGGCUGUCGUGCGAUGACAUGCGUGUGACGAAGAAGCUCCGACGGAACAAAGUCCUGGCGGGUCGACGCGUUAUCCAGGCCAACUACAACCGCCGCCACUUUGCACGCAAGCAGACGCCGCUGACGGAAGAAGACAUGGAUGCAGUCACAGCCACGAAACUGGCCUUCCUGGCAUUCGAGACGGCGUAUCGAGCACAGAAGAAGCCGUGGCGUCGAGAUGCCGAGCUCGUCCAGUCCACUGUGACCUCCGCCGCGCGUCGCGUCGCGAUCCCAGCGCUCCUGAAUGAACUCCAUGUCGUCCCACCGCGACCAAGUUGGACAUGCCCACCUAAUUCAUCGAAUUAAACGUAUGGUCUGCA